GCUUGAGUUGAGGGCAUGGGUAAUACAUGCUACUUCCUGUUUACAUCUGCGUCAUCAGCCCACGAGCGCCGACAGGUUUCCGGUUCCGCUCAGACUUGUAACUUGACGCGCAGUCGCGUGCGACUGAGGGGUAACAACAUGGCCGCUCCGUGGUGGAGGCACUGCCGCAGGUGGACUACAAACUGUUCGAGGGCGAGUUUCGCGGAAAACUUGCGGCAUUUUAACGGCAGGACAAUAGCUUUCUCGACGUCCUCUCCGGGCCGGGCGUCCUGGAUCUCCAGGCCGGGGAACGAGGGACAAUCACCAUCAUCUAUGCAGGCAAACCUGAACAUUUUAAACCUAAACAGACAAACAUCGCGGUUUCCAUCACUCCAGUCAUGCUGUUGCAGAACGAUACACAGCGACGCAAAGCUCAAAGAUCCUUUCACAUUAGCCCAAAAAGACAUGGCGAGUUUAUAUGAGGACAUCAAAAAGGAGCUGUUUGUGUCUAAAGAGGAGCUGAAGUAUUUAUGUGAUUACUACUUCGAUGGCAAAGGCAAAGCAAUCCGACCGAUGAUUGUUGUUCUCAUGGCUCGAGCCCUCAACAUCCACAGCAACGGAGCAGGAGAUUUGCUCCCGGGGCAGAAGGCCAUCGCCAUGAUCUCAGAGAUGAUUCACACUGCCAGCCUUGUGCACGACGACGUUAUCGAUGGAUCAGAUAAGCGUCGAGGGAAGAGAACAAUCAAUGAAGUGUGGGGUGAAAAAAAGGCAAUCCUGGUUGGAGAUUUCAUCCUCUCUGCCGCAUCCAUGGCUUUGGCUCGGAUUGGAAACAUCUCUGUGGUCAAAGUGUUGUCCCAGGUCAUAGAAGACCUGGUCCGAGGUGAAUUCAUGCAGCUAGGCUCUAAAGAGAACGAAAAUGAGAGAUUCAAACACUACCUCGAGAAAACCUUCAAGAAGACGGCGAGUCUUAUUGCAAACAGUUGUAAAGCAGUUUCCAUCCUGGUCAACUCUGAUCCAGAUGUUCACGAAAUCGCCUUCCAGUAUGGGAAGAACGUGGGCAUUGCUUUUCAGCUGGUGGACGAUGUGCUGGACUUCACAUCAGGAGCCAGUCAUUUGGGGAAGCCCACAGCUGCAGAUCUCAAACUAGGUUUAGCCACUGGACCAGUUCUGUUUGCUUGUCAACAGUUUCCUGAGCUUCAUGCUAUGAUCAUGAGACGUUUCAGCUCCAAUGGAGAUGUAGAUCGAGCCUGGCAGUACGUCCUCAAGAGCGAUGGCGUGCAGCAGACAAACUUCCUGGCGCAGCGCUACGGCCGAGAAGCCAUCCGACACAUCAGUCUGCUGAGGCCGUCAGCGGAGAGAGACGCCCUCAUCCAGCUCACUGAGAUGGUGCUAACCAGAGACAAAUAAUGAUCCUCCCUCUGCCGCGGUGUCACUUCAGGCAGCUACUAGUAGUAAGCCAACUUCAAGACACACACAGACGCGGAGAGAGAGCGAGGGAGACAAUGGAUGUUUGGAGAAAACUCCUUGUGAUGGUUUUAGUGCCAACUUUGAGUGGGAAAAGUGGCAGAACACUGAACCAAAAGCAAGGGAUCAAAACAGCAGUGAGACAUCUGUUUGCCCUUGUUCAGACCUGGUAUUGACAUCCAAACCUCAGCAAUCUGAUCUCAUACACAGACUGAAGUAACAGUUUUCACAUUAUUUAAAUAAACACUGACGUCACAUCUGUUCACGAGGACAAAAUUGUUUAUUUCAUGUCUGACUGUAUAGAUGUGUCUGUGUUUGUCAAAUCAAAGCUGUGGUUACAUGAAAUAAGUUUUAACCAUUACAGAAAAAGUUGGGAUACAACAAAUUGGCUCUUGUUGGUUUACUCUGCUGAACAAAACAUUAUAUAUAUAUAUGUAUAUAUAUAUGUAUAUGUAUAUGAAUAUGUCACUCCCCCAAGUUCACCAUGUUGCAUUUGAGAAGUUACAAAAACAGCAUAGCAACAUGUCCAUGGUUAAAAACUAAACACUACUAUAUAAAUAACUGAUUGACUGUGAAACAAAUGCAACAGAAGUGCUAUUAAUGGUAAAGGUAGCACAGUUUGUUCCUCAGUUAAAAAUAGAAAGUCAAGAGUUCAGAUCACUAAUGGAACACAGCCUCUUCAGGAUGAAUUGGGAGUUACUUAAUCUCGGAUUACUCAGGAAUGAUUCAAUACCAGGUCUGAACAGGGUCACAUAAAAAUACAGCUGGUUUGCUCAUUGUGAUGAUUUUUUGGAGGUGCAUGUUAAAUAAUCCGAUGCCACUGCUUCUACAGUACUGUACCUGCAGCUGCGUCACAGUGUCACAGUGACUGUGUGUUCAGUCCUGAUCUGUGGAGCCGCUGCACCUUCUGUGAAAAUUCCAAAUAACAUGCACAGCUGUCGCCGGUGUGUCCGUCCGGAUCUGCGUACACGUCUCCUCCGAGAUCCGUCCACACCUGAACAGGCCCAACAGUCACGUCUCCUCUUUGACACGUAAACUGUUGGGAGGUUGAUACUGUAACACAAAGUGUCCUGUAACGACAGAAGCCUUAACAUCUACAACUGUGCACUCAAUAAAUCAACUGUUUGUUUUUUAUUUAAACCAA